AUUUUCUCAUCCUACCUCCUCCCCACCUUCAAGCUCCCCUUCCGACGACGCCGUUCGACCAACACAUCCUUGAAUUCUGAUGUGCCGUCCCUGAGCAGCUCGCCAACUCCCUCCGGUACGGGCUCCGCCGGGGACUCCCCGCCUCCCUCGCCACCGUCCUACCUCAACGCCGUCUCGGACGACAAGUGCCGUCCGACCACCCCAGUACCCACCCGGCGUCUAUCCCGCGCCGCUCCCGACACCCUCCGCUGCUCCAACUGCUCCCGCGACAUCGCCUUCCUCUCGCAGAUCAUGAGCAAGGGCUUCAACGGCCGCCACGGCCGUGCCUACCUCGUUUCUCCCUCGCCGCCCGCCUCGUCCCCGGGCCACUUCUCCCUCUCUCACGACGACCAGGAUCGGGGUACGGCCAGCGGCCACAAAUUACUCAACAUUUACAUCGGCGCUUCCGAGUCGCGCCAGCUCGUGACCGGGUGGCACACCGUGGCCGAUAUCACCUGCACGGGAUGCGGGGUCAAGCUGGGCUGGAAGUAUAUUGACGCCCAGGACCCUCCGCAGUACUACAAAAUCGGCAAGUUCAUUCUCGAGGCGCAGCGCGUGUCUGCGUUUCAUUCUUGGGAAGAUGUCGGUGUCAACGUCGAUGGCGCUCACGGCUUUGAUCGUUCGGCGAACCGCUCUGGGGAGACGCGUGCCGAAGAUAAUGUAGUCUUUGACUCGGACGACGAGGAUGAGUGCGAGGAUAUCUUUGCCGGCGUCUGGGACCCUGUGAACGUCGCAUACAGGCGGGGUCAGCGA